AUGACAAAGCAGCAAAAGAUGACUUACACUAGCAAUCUCAUUCAACCCUCUAUUAAUGAUUUCGUGGAUGUCCAUUGUGGCAGUGUCGUUGAUGGCGACCUGGGUUCUCAAUCUACCUCUAGUUUUGCUGCUGUCCUAACCGAAGUUCCUGAGCUUAGGGAUGAUAAUUUCAAAAUAUGGAAGGAGAUAGUUCUCUUCCAUUUACGAUGCGCAAGCAUGGAAUACGCAAUCACGAAUUAUGAACCUGCUACAAUCAAGGAGACCAGUACUGAAGAUGAGAUCGCGCUGCGUAACAAAUGGGAGCGAUCCAAUCGUCUGAGUAUCAUGUUCAUCAUGACCAAGAUUCCUAAUGGAAUGUGUGGGUCGGUGGAGCAGCAUGAAAAGUUCAAAGACUUUAUUAAAGCCAUUGAAGAGCAGUACAACACAUUUGAUAAGCCCAUUAAUUUCAACACUCUCUUCCUCCAGCUCUCAUCAUCAAAGCUCACUAGAAUUAGAGGCGUACGUGAGCACAUCACCAAGAUAAGAGACACCGCUGAACAACUGAAGAAGUUCAAUGUGGAGAUAACUGAAUCCUUCCUGGGUCUUUACAUCCUUAGCAAUCUUCCCUCACAUCACAUGCCUUUCAAAAUUUCCUACAACACACACAAGGACAAAGUGGAGUAUCAAUGA